ACGCAAACUCGAGAGAGCCCCACGUAUUUGUGAGGUGAGAGUGACGACUCCGAGAUCACAACCCGCAAAUUGCACUCCCCCCAACCCAGCUGAAUCGCGCAGCGAGAAGAAGAUCGGACGCCGAUUAACCUGGCGAUGGCGAACCAUCUGGAGGGCUUGGUGGAGACGAUAAAGUCGAAGGUGCGAGCGCUGAAGAAGACGAAGAAGCCGUACGUGAAGAUGGACAAGAGCUCGAGCGUGAAGGUGGAGAUCCGUAGCCGAAAGGCCCGCAACCUCAUCGACAAGACGCUCAAGCUCGCCGAUCGCCCCGGCAAGCGCAGCCACUUCUAGACCUCGCCCAAUCUCUCAAUAAAAGAAAUCGAAGAGAGAUCUGUCAGGUAAAGGGAGACGAUGAAGAUGGAGAUGAAGAUGAUGUGUUCGUGCUCCGUUUGAAGUUGGCCUCUUUUCUUUGGUUUUCGUAUUGCUAUCGUCGUUUUUCGAGUCUGUUGUACCACCCGUUUCUGGGUUUCUGAUUAGGUUUUAGGGCGACAUAGGAAUGGAACCGUUCCGGUCUGUGGCUUGAGAAAGACGUGGUUUUUCCAAAAGUUCGGAUUGUACAGAGAAAAGGGUUCCAUCGAAACAUAUCGUCCCAUAAAGCAAUCUGCUGUAUAUCGUUCAAAGCAAAAACUCAAUGGAAACAAAUUCAUCAGAA